UAACAUAAAAUUCCUAUAUACCCUCUUAAUCCCCCCCCUCAUAAAAUCUAUAUUUUCUUCUAAUUUAUCCGUAUAAUAACCAUCACUCCUAGUAGUAGGCUUGUAGCAUUAUAGAAGUAUAUACUCUAGUAAUGGACCCCAUUGUAGAAAUGGAGGCUAAGCUAGCCCAAGACCCGCACCCGCAGUCGCCCUCGGCAAAGCGGGUGUGGGUCCCAGGCCCGGUGAUUGUUGGUGCAGGCCCAUCGGGCCUGGCGGUGGCGGCGUGCUUGAAGGAAAGGGGGAUCCCUAGGUUGAUCCUAGAGCGGGCCCAAUGCUCGGGCUCGCUCUGGAAACACCGAACCUACGACCGGCUUAGGCUCCACCUUCCGAAGCAGUUCUGUGAGUUACCUCACCUCCCAUUCCCACAAAACUUCCCUACUUACCCAAGUAAGGAGCAGUUCAUCAGUUACCUUGACUCAUACGCAACCCACUUCAACCUCAAGCCCCUCUUUGGGCGGGCUGUGGUUCGGGCCUGUUACGAUACUCGAAACGAGCUGUGGCGGGUGCUGGUGGCGGGGCCGAAAAAAGAGGUGGUUGAGUAUAGUUGCCAGUGGUUAGUGGUGGCAACAGGAGAGAAUGCAGAGGCCUUUGUACCUGAGAUUGAAGGAAUUGAGGAUUUUGUAGGGCCUAUUAUUCACUCAAGUGAGUAUAAGAGUGGUACUGAUUUUAGUAACAACAAGGUCUUGGUAGUUGGUUGUGGAAAUUCAGGUAUGGAGAUUUGCUUGGAUCUUUGCAAUCAUAAUGCUUAUCCUUCCUUGGUUGUUAGGGAUUCUGUACAUAUACUCCCACAACAAAUGCUAGGAACUUCAACUUUUGGAUUGUCAAUGUGCUUGUUAAAGUGGUUUCCACUUAAGCUAGUGGAUCAAUUUUUGCUCCUAAUCUCUCGUCUAAUGCUUGGUGAUACGGCUCAAUUAGGAAUAACUAGGCCCUCAAUUGGCCCCCUUGAAUACAAGAGCAUCACAGGAAAGACACCUGUGUUGGACAUUGGGACACUUGCUAAAGUCAAAACCGGGGAUAUCAAGGUUUUUCCGGGAAUUGAAAGAUUAACAAGUCAAGGGGUAGAGUUUGCGGAUGGUAGAAUGGAGAAUUUUGACGCUAUCAUUCUCGCCACAGGUUUUAAAAGCAACGUACCAUCUUGGUUAAAGGAAAGCACUAUGUUCUCGGAGAAUGAUGGAUUUCCGGUGAAAACAUUUCCGGGUGGAUGGAAAGGCGAGAACGGGCUAUAUGCCGUAGGGUUUACCAAACAAGGCUUGCUUGGUGCAUCUCAUGAUGCUAUAAAAAUAGCAGAAGAUAUCGAUCGAGAUUGGAAAACUAAGGCCAACAACCGAUAAUGCAACAAAAAUCAUUUUAUUGAGUAAAAAAGUGGCAACUAUUUUUGAAAAAGAUGUUUAGAAAUUAAGAAGUCUUAGGACUUCAAUUAUUUUUGUGUUGAAGUUAGAUUUUCUUUAGUAUAUAGUGAGUGCAUGUACAUAUGUGUAUAUACUCCUAAAUGUGCCCUUGGAAGGCAAAAUAGAGAGAGAGAGGGGAGGAUAAAUCAUCAAAGUAGAUUCAUCUUAGGCUCAACUUAACACAUAUGCUUCAAGGCAAUGGUGGUGAAUUUCAAAUGAUAUGGAUGUAUUGACUUUUGAAUAAAAAAAUUUCACUUUGCCUUAAUCUGAUAUGAAUUACUAUAUAAGAAAAAGUGGCCUAAGUUAUUUUAUAA